GAAAUUGGUUUAAAGUACAAAUUAUUCAAGAUAGUGAGCAAUCAAAGAGUACACUUUCACGCAUUGAAAGGACUUAGAAAAAUGUGUCGCUUAGAUUUUCCGAAGAGUGUCCCAUUAGUGCUGCUGCUAACUGCAUUUGCGCUCUGCUUACACGGCCAAGCGGAUGCCGCUAAAAUAACAACAACAAAGGCAGCCAACAUAAGCAUGAAUCACACAAAUUCGAGUAUUGCGGAACCAAUCAGUGCUACUGAAAAGCCAACAGUGCCAUCAACAGUUGUUGUAUUGCCAGCUGGUGCAAUAGCUGAGGCAAAGUCGGCCCAUGAAAUUGACACAGAAGUCGAUAGCAGUGACAAUGUAGAUAAUAAGGAUGCAACAGCUACAAAGGACACGGAGGAUGAUGACGAUGAUGAUGAUGACGAUGACGAUGAUGAUGACAAUGACGAUGAUGCAGAUGAGCAGGUGGAUGCUUCUAAGCCUUCGAAAAGUGCAACAGCGUUAACGCCAGCUGAGAAAGAUGACGACACAACCUCAACGUUCAGCGUUUGGGGAAUGGUGCGAAAUGUAUGGAAUUGGAUAAAAGACGAUUUGAGUGAAAGCCUCUUUGGUGAUGAGAAUGCUGAGGCAGCAGCUGCGACAAAAGCAUUGGUACGGCAAGUGCGCGAUGUCUCCGAUGCAGCAAAGGCGGCAGUAGAGAGUCGUACUUUUGGAAAAAUUCGGCGCCUACAAAUGGCUCUUAUUCCAUUAAUUUUCAAAUUUGGUGUACUCACCGCCAUGGUUGCUUUCCUCAUAAUGCUCGGCAUGAAAACACUAUUUCUGGUCAAAUUGCUUGUACUGAUGAAUGCUGCUGCCAUACUUGCGAAAUUCAUCACGUUGAAAUCAAACUUUGUAAGUCAUGAACACUCCGCACCCACAUGGAACUAUCAGUCUUGGACGCCACAUGCAUCAGGUGGGUGGGCUGCCUCAGCGCCAGCGGCUACAUAUUCACAUGCGCAGGAACAUCAGCCAACAAAAGAAAUACACUUGCACAUACAUGGUGGACAAGUACAGGGUUAUGGUGCUGGUGGGCAAGGUAGUGUGAGUGGUGGACAUGGCUGGGAGAGUCGCAGUGAUCCUUAUGGUACAUAUGCACCUACGCACGAGAGUGAAGCAGAUAACGAACUUAACAAUAGGGGUCCCAUGUUACCAUCCAGAUAUCCCACAAAUCAGCUCUACUAG